AUGCCGCCUACCUUCCUGCACUCCCGCUCCUCAUCGUCCUGCGUCUCCCACUGUGCCCUCGCCCCAGACCCCAUCCGUGCGUGCUCCCUGCAUGCCAUGUACCAUCUCACCGCCACUCCUUUUCCUCCGCGCGCCCUCAUGCUCCCACCAACCCUUCUUCGUCCGCUCUCUUUCCCAUUCUCCUCUGCCUACCCCCCCCCACCUUUCUCAACCGUUUCCUCUUUCCCGCCCCCCUCUCGCGCCCGCCGUGGCGCGGUGGUGUGGCAGCGGCCGGGGCUGGAGGCGAUACGGCGGGACGAGUGGUUUCAGCGCGACUACCAGCGGGCCUACCCGCUGCCCGACGACACUGAGGGGCAGGGGGGCACUGAGGACGUGCUGCUUCAUGCCCGGCUGCACCCGGUGGCGGAGCUGUCUGUGCGGGUGCCGCACUCGCCCUCCCUGCAGGCGUCGCUGCCCGUCUCCCUCAGCCCUCGCACCACUGCAGCAGCCGCACCUCCGGCAGCAGCAGCGCUGGGUGGUCGUGAGGCACAGGGAGGGGUGGCGGAGGAGGGGCGGGCAGGGGGUGCAGGAGAGGGGGGGGCGGGAGCGGGGGCAGGGGACGAGGGACCGGAGUGGGUGAACGCGUUUGACCUGAUAGCGCGGGCACACGCGCUGGACUUGGGGGCGCUCUUCCACCGCCGCGCCCACCCCGUGCUGCGCCACACGCGCUUCGCCUCGCGCCUGCCGCCCGCCCUCAUCCGCUCGCGCCUCCUCGCCCUCGCCCCCGCCCUGCACGCCCACGCGCACGCCAACCUCUUCAAGGUGCCGCGCAGGGCAGGGGGCGAGGGGUGUACGGCACGGGGGAGGAGGGGGCAUAGAGAACCUGGUGGGAGUGAGGCUGUGUGGCGAGAGGUGGACUAUGCGAGAGAUGAAUGCUGUGCCCUGCCUUGCCAUGUGCCCCACAUCUCCUGCACUCACCCCUUGUGCCCGCCCUCUAAUGUGUGA